AUGGAAACAUCCGCCUCCUCUGCGCUAGUGAUCUGGGGGAGCACGGGCAAGCGGCUGCAGUUUACCCGACAGGACCUUCAAAUGCCCGAGAGCGUGAAGGAGAGACCUAAUUAUCACUUUUUUGAGAAGCAGUGGGACUCCGUGGCCGGAUUUUGGAUGAACCGCGUCCUAAAGGAGGUGGCCUUGCAGCACCUUACCGUGGAGAAUAUUGUGAAGUUUAUCGUGAGCGACAUCGAGAGGCGAUGGGAACAGCGGAAGAAGGAGAAGGCACUCUACAAGAAAAUAAAGCGGCUACUUGAAUAUGGCAACAUGAACGCCGCUGGGGCACCUUCGCCGCAUGUUCUUAUCACCAACGUUGUCUCUCUCGAUUCCUACCGGCGAUUGCUGGCGGAGGGCACGCUGCAGGAACUGGUGGCGGCAGUGCUGGAGAAGGUGGAGGAGGUCGCAAAGGAGAAGGUGGCGCAUCACACGAUUCUAGUAGAUGAUGAGGGCGACACCAACACCAACGGCAAUGACGACAUCAGCGGCACUGACGCCGAGAAGGUGCGGGAAAAGAAGAAAGAACCGCGCGGUGACGCUGAUGUCGAGGACGGAGGCAAGAACCAGGCGAAGGCAAGGAAGAGGCCACGGCCUGAGCAGUGCACGGAUGUGUCCUUUGAUGACCAUGUCGCCUUUGUGUGUACACUUUCCUCAGAAGCAAAGGCCGCCAGGGUUGUCAGUGAAUUGCACGGCAGCAUGUUUGACUCUCGGGCGGUACUUUGUCGUUUUUACGCCUUGUAG